AUGCGUAUCUGGUCUUCCGUCCUCGCAGUGGCGAAUAUACUCACCCUCUCCACGGGCCGAGUGAUCCCUCGCCAAGAUGGGAACUCUUACGUCGGCUACCUCCUUUCUACCUUUAGCGAUGCGAAUCCUUCGGUAUUUUGGUAUCUCUCCGAAGGCUCUGAUCCACUAGCAUUCAAAGCUCUGAAUGGAGGAAGUCCAGUGUUGGCAUCAACUGUUGGCACACGCGCAGUGCGAGAUGUUUUUCUCGCUUCAAAUGCUGCCAGGUCUGAGUAUUUCAUCAUUGCGACAGACUUGGAUAUCAAUGCUGAGGGCUUUUCCUGGGAUGAAGCAACGAGACGCGGUAGCCGUGGGCUUACGAUCUGGAAGUCAGACAACCUUGUAGAUUGGUCGGAACCCACAUUGACAACGAUUGAGGAGGAUACCGCCGGCAUGGCCUGGGCACCUUCCGCGGUCUGGAAUGAUGAUGAGCAGCAAUACUAUCUCUUCUGGGCAUCACGCCUUUAUGAUACCAGCGACUCUGAUCAUACCGGCACGGCUGGUUUGGAUCGCAUUCGCUAUUCAACCACCAAGGACUUUGUGUCCUUCAGUUCCCCGGCUGAUUACGUCGCUCUGGACGGAAUCCCCUUAAUUGACCAAGAGUUCCUGGAGCUCGGCACACCCGGCGCCUACGCUCGUUUCAUCAAGGAUGAAAAUGUCAACCAGGUUUAUCAGGAAACCACGACAGGUGGGCUUUUCGGCGAAUGGACCCGUAUUCCCGGCUAUAUUGGCGAUAACCCGUUGUCCGAAGGGCCAGCGUCGUUCCCUGAUAUCGAAAACUCCGAACUUUACCAUCUGUUCCUCGACAACUAUGAGGAGUACGUGCCAUUCCAGACAAGCGACAUCAACGCGGGUUCUUGGGAGAAAUCCAGUACGGCUUCUCUCCCUCGGGGUUGA